UGUCUUCCACAAGGCAUGUCGCGGCGUCUCCUUCACAUUAGUGUUGCUGGAGUCGUACAAGGAAAUCCUAUCACUCAUCUAUUCGCUUCGUGCGAGUCGAUGAGGAGGGUGCUCGGAAUCGGAUGAAGUGUUUCUGAAUCGGGAUUAUCCCCUCCUGGGAUGUAUGGGGAGGGGAGAGGGAGGAGUCACUGAUAGACAGACGCGGACUUCAGUUCGCCAUGUGUUGUAGUGCGUGUAGCAAAUGCUGUAGUGCGAGUGAAGCCUUUGACAAUUGUUAGUGCAGGCUUUAGUGAUUCUAAGACGUUUAGAACAUUAACGAACACGCGACGAGAAAUGGCCACUGCUUGAAAUGAGAAGAGACUCAUAUCAGGAGCGUUUCUGCUUACUGCCCAAGGUGAAGGCGUCCUGGCAUUAUUAGCGGCCUUCCGUGGGUCACUCGUCACGCAGGUCACGGCCAUGGCCUCUCCAGCCCUAACAUUGUCCAAGGAGGGUGCAGGCCGUCACGGAUGGGAGGCUGUGGCGUACCCGAGCCUCGCCGCAUUGUGGUGGGAUGAGGAGAGAAGGGUGGUCAGGCUCACGAAGUUUUGAAGGUUUCCCACCACCCGUCUCCGCAUCCAUCGUAGGUGGAUCCGGUUACACUGGCGUUAGACUUUUUCUGGCGAACCAUUUGGUGAGGUCACAGGAUCACAAAGUCACAGGUAUCUCAUCAGAUCAGGCAGGACAGGAGACAGGCUUGUCAAACUUAUUCACCUGGCUUACUGUCCUUGGAUGUUUAAGCUCUGCACUCGCAGCUAUGCUUCCGCAGAUUGAGACAGACAGCCAUGGACAACAAUCAAACAAACAAACAUGGCGGAGACAGACACACAGAUUACUGCAUCACACAAGACUGAAUGAUAAGUUCCCUGAGUCGCCGCCACAACACCACCACCAACAGGGUCACACGGCGCCGCGGGACUGCAUGAAGAUGAUCACAAGUGCAUCACCCACUGUGACCCUCCAGCCAGCCAGCCAGCCAGUGUCUAUGAACCACAACAGCAAGAACUAUAUGCCCUUCUAUCGCCUCUCCCUCUUUUCGCUCCAUCGCCGCCACCACCGUCGCCAAGCCACGCCAGGCCAGGUCGACCUUCAGCCCUUCACCACCUGAGAGAGAGAAAGUAAGUCCAUCAGUCACGCCAAGAAAACACUCCUCACCUUUAAGUCAAUCCUCAUCAGGGCUGAUAACAUCGCCUCGUUACUCGGGCACACGCCGCCGCCACCGCCUCCACGCCACCGCCUCUCCCCUGCAGGUGUCGCCGCCGCGCUUCCUGCAGGUACUCGUGCGCGGGGCCACCUGUCGACGGGGGAAAGUGGCCCGCGCCCCGCCAAGUGAACGGCACGCUGCUCUGCUGCAUGAGGCCUGUUUUGUUCAUGCCCCGCACACCUAGGUCACCUCAGACUCUCCCUCUCCCUCUCUUCCUGCUUUUCUUUUCCUUUCUACACCUCCCUUCUCCAUCUCCUUUCUUUCCGGCCUCCUCUCUCCUCUCCACCAUCUUGUUUAAUUUUUCUUUCAUCCUUCAUUUCUCAGCUUAUCUUGUCACUUUUUUUCCCUCUCUCUCUUUUUUGUCUGCUUUUUUUUUCUUUUCUUCUUCCUUUCUCCUUUCCUCUUCCGUCUUCUAUUUCUCUGAUCCUCCACUUCUCAAUAUACCUUGUAUCCUCUGCUUUAUCUUCCUUCCCCUCUUCCUGCCCUCUUUUUCCUCCUCCUUCUUCUUUCCCCUCCUUUAUACAAUUUUGUUUAGUAUUUCUCUCAUUCUGUAUUUUCAGCCUUUCUUGUUUUUUUUUUUUCUCAUCACCUUCUCGUCCUUACUUUCUUUAUUUCAUCACUUUUCUUUCUUCUCUCUUUUUGCCUUUCUCCUCCCCUUCUUUUCCUUUUCCUCCAUUUCUCGGGCUUUCUUUUUUAUUUUCCCUUAUACACGCUGCUUUUUCUCUCAUCUUUUUUUCCCUCCUGGCAAUUUUCUUUUCUUAUUUCGUCUUUUUAAUUAUACUCCCAGCCUUUUCUUACCUCCUUUCUUCCUUUCCUCCUUCCAGCAGUCUUUUUUUUUCUUUUUUCUCUUUUUUCAACAUGAAUAUCUUGUUUUUUUUUGCUUUCCCCUUCUCUCGCAACUCCUUUUUUUCCCCUCUGUUUUUCCCUUCUCUUGCAACUCUUCUCUUUAUCUCUGUUGCCUCUUCUCUCCUUUCUCAUAUCUCUUGAGUCUAGUAUCAUUCCUUAAUUUCUUCUCCCUUACUCUUACUACCGAUCUCCUCCUCCUCCUCCUCCUCCUCCUCCUCCUUCUCCCACGCAGACAAGCACCCCGCGGAGUGUGACGAGUAAAAGUCUUCAUGAGUCUUAAUUACUCAUGGGAGGCCGUGGCUCAGUGGUUUGCGUCACGGUGCGCUGAUUCGCGGGACUGGAGUUCGAGUCCCGCCCAUUACUGCAUCGACGGUCAGGAGUCCAUUGAGACACACACACACUACGCACACUCACACUGACGUACACAUGACACACUGAGCUGUAAAUGUCUCUUCUGUUGCUGUUCGUAACUCGAGGACAGUGUGAUGGUGUUCUUGGGUGCUUGUUGGUAAGUGGUCAGGUGGGUUAGUGGGUGAAUAAGUGGGUUGAUGGUUGGAAAGGUGAGUGAGAGGUUUGGGCAGUGAUCAGAUGGGUGAGUGAGUGGAUGGAUUAGU